AGGCUCCCGCCCCUCCCCUCACACCGCCUUCCGUGUCGGGCUGUCAUGGCGGCCGCUCUGCUGGACCUGGCGAACUGGAGCACCUGGGCGGUGUGUGCCGUCAUCAAGCUGCCGCAGCUGGCGGCCGUGCUGGCGGCUGGGUCGGCACGAGGGCUCAGCUUGGGCAGCCUCGUGCUGGAGCUGGUGGGCUUCGUUGUGUUUCUGAGGUACCAGAUUUAUUAUGAUUACCCUCUGCAGACAUACCUGGAAUAUCCCAUCAUCAUCGCACAAGAUGUCAUUCUCCUUUUGCUUAUUCUGCAUUACAGUGGAAACAUGAAACAAGCUUUGCUUUAUGCAGUCACGUUCUGGGGGGGCUGGUACAUGCUAACGCUGCGGAGGUGGAUCAUAGACCUGGCCAUGAACUUGUGCACAUUCAUCAGUGCCGCGAGUAAGCUCGCUCAGCUGCGGUGCCUCUGGCAGACCAAAGAUUCCGGACAAGUGAGCGCCUUGACCUGGAGCAUGUCUGCGUACACCUGUGCAACAAGAAUAUUUACGACUGUAAUGACUACAAAUGAUCUGAUAGUUCUCAUCCGUUUCAUAAUCAUGCUCAUUCUCAAUGUUUGGGUCACAGUCACAAUUCUGCACUAUAGGAGAACUAAAAAGACUAAUUAGAAGAUGCUCAUCAGCAUACGGUGUGAAAAGAAGGGAAAAGGAAACUGAUAUGGUUAAACAGCAGAAAAAAAAAGCCGAGGAAAGGUAGAAAGGGGAGAUUUAAACUGGAUAUAAGGGAAAAGGUGUUUUACCAUCAGGGUGGUGAGGCACUGGCACAGGUUGCCCAGAGGGGUGGUGGGUAUCCCAUUGUUGGAGGCACCCAAGGUCAGGCUGGACAGGGCUGUGAGCACCUGAUGGAGCUGUGGGUGUCCCUGCUUGUUGCUGGGAGUGGGACCAGAUCGCCUUCAAGGCUUCCUUCCAACUCAAACCAUUCUGCUUCUAUGAAGCGCUCUCUCUUAAGCCUAGUAUUUAUCCCUAGAUGUAUUUAGUGCAGUUCUGCUUAUUUUCACAUAGAAAUAAUUUUGAUAAGAUACUUAAUUUAGGCAGCACACUUUCAUUGGUUAUUUGAGGCAAGUUUCCUUGAUAACCGCUUUUUCUCUGGAUUCUUUUUUAGUAAAGGAACAAGGUAUUUGUAUUUAGACAUGUAUGUGUUCUCAUAUCACUUGAGUACUUUCUGGUUACGUAUUAGCAAUUGCUUUCAGUUAUACAAAUUCAAGAGAACUUUGUGGCAGCGGAUCUGCUCUUCUGUCUACAUCUGCUGCCAGUUUGAAAACAGCAGGUCCUUCUUUUUAUUGCGAGCAACUCAGGUAGUUAGUCAUUAAGUACCUGUAUUUUAGCAUGGAGAAAAUCUGAGCAAAGGCCCGAUUCAGAAUAUAUUUCUAAAUGAAUUUAACGAAGUCAGGGAUCCAGCUGAGACUGCAGCACUUGAGCUGUACAUUCACACAGCUGAUACAGGAUAUCUGGAGUCACUUCCAUACAGACAGUUUUUAUUAUGAUAAAAACAAAAACAACCACAUGAUCUUUUUCAACCUAAGCUCUCCAUCACUGAACAUACUGUUUUGGGAGCAGCAGUAACUGGAAGGUAUGGAGAAUAAUGAGACUGAUUGGGAGUUAAUUCUGCUCCAAGCGAGGCUCCUGCAGUGAUGCCCAGUCUCCAUAUGCAGUCUGUACUGACUGUGGCCCAUCUACACACUGUGAUGCAUUGAACCAAACCAGUCUCCAGUGGUUAUCAGAUUUUGGAUGAUACUACAAUAUGCUUUAUUACUUUUUAACCUGUCCUGAAGAAUUUAAAGACUCAAGUUGAAUUUUUACUUUGGAGAUUCCUACUGGUUUUAGUUGGUAUAUUUAAAAAGGGAAAAGGAUGUUCUUGAAAACUUUUAGCAGGAGAUUUUACUUUUGGAAGAGGUACUUUUCCAACGCAAGGUUAGAGCAGGAACCACAAACACAGUAACCACUGAUGUCUCAAUAGAUUCUCCAAAAUGAGAUGUGCCUUCUCAGUAGAGUUCUUACACUAUCACUGCUGAUUGGCAUGCUAAAAAAAAAGGAGCUUGUGAUCCUGGCAGGCUUGCAAACUGUGGGAAGACUCAUUGACUGCAUUUGAGUCAGGUUUUCCUUGCAACAUGUUGAAUCACUGGGAUGUUACGGAGCAGCGGGAUCUGCAAAAGCAGGUCUUUCCGCCAGCAGUCGUUCAGCAAGCAGAGACUUUUGCUGUCUGAAACGAAGCUGCUUUGCCAGCUGUGAUUCUGGGGAGAGAAGCAGUGGAAAGAGGUAUGUCUGUCUGUGGACAUAUCUAAUUUUGUAUAUCUAUCUCACAUUAUUGAGAGGAAAAAUAAAACAUGAGGCUUUUUUGCUGCUUUAGUAAAGUAUAUGAAUACUUUUAAGUUUCUCUGUUGGUUGAGAGAAUAAUACUAAAUAGUUUGCUACUGAUUUUACUGAAGCUAUCUGAAAUAUCUAACUAAUUUGGUGGUAGGUGGCAUGUAAUGCAUUUUCCAGGUCAUACUAAUAAAUGUCAUUUUUCAUGAUUGAUUAAUGUCA